CCUCGCAUGGGCAAUAGUUUGCGCGCCAACUCCACCUGCCAUGCGGAUCCUCGUGAACUUGCUCCCACCGUUCUUGGGCCUUGCAUUUCCGCAUGCUAAUCCCCGAUUUUUAUCGGUCUGACCGUCGUUUCCCAACAUGGAGGAAAGGAGGAGUAUAAGGAGGGCCUACCCUCGUGCUUGAGGUCCACCAAUUCACCAAAUUUUUACCUUCACCCAGAUCUCACUCCCCUAUUAGAAGUCCAUAGCCUGUCAAUCAUCAUAUGUCCUUUCACCGUGGCCAUGAACACGAACAUGCAUAUGAAUCUAUCUCCCUCCGGAAAAGACUCAAGGGCAACUUCACCUCCCUACGUCGAAUUUCACGAUCCUUUCUCCGCCGCAUCUCUGGCAUAUCAACCUCAAAAACCUCUUUGUCUUAACAUGGACACUGAAACCAGUCCUGGUAGACCUGAGCCUCCGGCCUUAGCUGUUCCCAUGACACCAUCAUCUCCAAGCUGGCCUGUCCACCCAGAACCUUGUCAAAUUCAGGGUCAAACCUUUAUGCGCACAGGCACGGAAGAGGUUCCCGAGCCUACCUCGGACCUUUGUCCGGACCUCCUUGACUCCUGGUACCCGAGAUACCUGGCAUGCACGCAGUUCUUUGUUUCCUAUGCGCAGCAUACCCCGACAGUGCAGUCGCUGGCCGCAUUUCUCAACAUUCGACUUCCUUGCCAGCAGUCAGGGGCCCAAACAACCCAUCCGUCAUUACGCGCUUACAUUCGGCGCCUCAUUGUAACAGCACAGGAUAGUCCUGCUGUACUGAGCGCGUUCUUCGGAGAGGAUUGGGUCGGGGGAGUGGGGAGCAUGAUCAAGCAAGAGCGGGUGAACUACUUGUUUACGGCAAAGAGCGGCGGGUGGGCGUCGACAAAGGCGGCGUAUGACAUUCUGCCGGACGAACAAACGCCAUUUUUACGGCCAUUGCGAGCAGCAACAGAGGAAGAGUUACGCGAGGCGGAAGCGCGCUGGAGUGAGUGGUUGGCGAUGGAGGAUUGGAUGGUAGGAUCGCGCAGUCCGUGGUGAAUGUACAUUAGCUAUGAUGGUUUACGAUGAUGAAUCUCCUAUGUAAAAAUAUAUUUCCU